GAAUAAUAAACGUUGCAGGUGCGUGCCGCCAUUUGAUAAUAAUUUGAGGCCUUUGUGAAAAUCCAAAACAUCUGGACCGUGUUGUGUAAAAUAUAUUUUAUAAAUCGAAUAGUAUAGACUAUUGUUUUUUAAUAUGUCGAUUGGUGUACCCAUUAAAGUUCUGCAUGAAGCAGAAGGACACAUAAUUACUUGUGAAACAACAACAGGAGAAGUGUAUCGGGGGAAGCUUGUCGAAGCUGAGGAUAAUAUGAACUGUCAAAUGGCUACCAUAACUUGCACAGGCAGGGACGGCAGUGUGUCCCAGUUGGAAAACGUGUAUAUUAGAGGCAGCAAAAUAAGAUUUUUGAUAUUGCCAGAUAUGCUUAAAAAUGCACCCAUGUUUAGAAAAGUUGGAGGAAGUAGAGGUGGUGGUGGAGCAGGAAGGGGGAAAUCCGCCAUUCUUCGUGCACAAGCUGCCAGAGGUAGAGGACGAUCUGGUGGUGGAAGAGGGAAUGUUUUCCAGAGAAGACGCUGAACAGUUGAAGCGACCAUUGCAUAUUUUGAAUUCAUUCAUGAACAGUAAACCCAUUACAUGGACAGACUCCAUUUUAUUACGUGCAUCAUCUAUCAAACCAUUCCCAUGUUCUGAUAGUGUGGUAUCAUUCUGUAUGUACAUUAUAUGUUCAGUGAAAUCAUUCAACUUCAUUUGUCCAUAUUGUUUUCAUUGCUACAAUUGUAAGCAUUAUUAAAUGUAGUAAAACAAA